AUGCGUGCUGAAGUCGAACAAGAGCUCGCCCAUACUCUUCUUAUUGAGCUUUUGGCUUACCAAUUCGCCUCUCCUGUCAGAUGGAUUGAAUCCCAAGAUGUCAUCUUGAAAGACUACAAGGCUGAAAGAAUCAUUGAAAUUGGUCCUUCCCCAACCUUGAUUGGUAUGGCCAAGAGAACAUUGAGCAAGUAUGAAGCCUUUGACCAAGCUUUGAACAUCAACCGUGAACUUUUGAGUUACUCUAAUGACAAGGACGCCAUCUACUAUGCUUCAAACGAUGCUCCAGCUCCAAAGGCCGCUGCUCCAACUCCAAAGGCCGCUCCAGCUCCAGCUCCAAAGGCUGCUCCAGCCCCUGUUGCCGCUCCAGCCCCGGCUCCGGUCGCUGCUGCUGCUGGCCCAGUUGCCGAUGAAGGUAUCAAGGCUGCUUUCAUGGUUCAAGUUUUGGUUGCCCACAAAUUGAAGAAACCACUUAGUGAUAUCCCAAUGACCAAGACCAUCAAAGAGUUGGUCAAUGGUAAAUCUACCGUUCAAAACGAAAUCUUGGGUGACUUGGGUAAAGAAUUCGGUGCUACCCCAGAAAAACCAGAAGAUACCCCAUUGCAAGAAUUGGCCGAAAAAUUCCAAGACUCUUACAAUGGUCAGUUAGGUAAGACCUCUAGUACUUUGGUUUCCAAGUUGAUGAGUUCCAAGAUGCCUGGUGGAUUCUCUUUGACCGUUGCCAAGAAAUACCUUGAAACUAAAUUCGGUUUGGGUCCACUUAGACAAGAUGCCGUCUUGUUGACCGGUGUUGUCAACGAACCUUCUGCUCGUUUGGCCUCCGAAGGUGAUGCCAAAGCUUUCUUGGAUGACGCUGCUCAAAAAUAUGCUGCUUCUAAUGGUGUCACCUUGGGUGCUCCAGCUGCUGCCGCUGCCGCCCCAGUUGCUAUGGGUGGUGCUCCAGCUGGUCCAGCUGGUCCAGCUCAAGCCAUUCCUGAUGAACCAGUUAAGGCUCAAUUAUUGCUUCAUGUUUUGGUUGCUGCCAAAUUGAAGAAGCCAAUGGAACAAAUUCCAUUGUCCAAGUCUAUUAAGGAUUUAGUCAACGGUAAGUCAACCAUUCAAAACGAAAUCUUGGGUGAUUUGGGUAAAGAAUUCGGGGAAACUCCUGAAAAACCAGAAGAAAUCCCAUUGCAAGAAUUAGCCGAAACUAUGCAAGAGGGCUUCUCUGGUCAAUUGGGUAAGACUUCUAGUAGUUUGAUCAACAAGUUGUUUGCUGCUAAAUUCCCAGGUGGUUACGGUAUCGGUGUUGCUAGAAGAUAUUUGGAAUCCACCUAUGGUUUGGGUGCCGGUAGACAAGAUUCCGUUUUCCUUGUUGCCUUGGCCAACGAACCUGCUGCCAGACUUGGUGGUGAACCAGAAGCUAAGGCUUUCUUGGAUGAAUCGGCUACUAAGUACGCUUCUACCGCCGGUAUUUCUCUUUCCCAAGGUGGUGCUGGUGGUGCUGUCGGUGGUGGUGCUAUGAUCGAUACCGCCGCUUUGGAAGAAAUCACCAAGGACCAAAAGUUCAUGGCUAAGCAACACUUGAAGGUUUUGGCUAAGUACUUGAAGGUUGACCUUAAGGAUGGUGAAAAGCAAUAUUUGAAGCAAAAGGAAGCCAAUGAACUUUUGCAAAAGGAGUUGGAUUUCUUGUCCGAAGAAUUGGGAGAAACUUUUGUCAAUGGUAUUAAGCCAUCUUUCUCCGCCAAGAAGGCUAGAGUUUACAACUCUUACUGGGCCUGGGCUCGUCAAGAUCUUUUGAGCAUGUAUUACGAAAUUAUCUUUGGUAACUUGUCUGAAAAGGACAUUAACAGAGACAUCAUUGCCAAGUGUAUCAGCAUCAUGAACAGAGCUAACCCAGAAUUGAUCAAGUUUAUGGAAUACUUUGUCAACGUUGUCGCUAACGAAAAGGCCGCUAACUCUAAGGACUCCAAGAACAACUAUGAAUUGGCUAAGCAAUUGGGUGGUGAAUUGAUCAAAAACUGUAAACAAGCUUUGAGCCAAGACCCAGUUUUUAAAGAUGUUAGAUACCCAACCGGUCCAAAGACUAAGAUCACUGAAAAGGGUGACAUUGUCUUUGAAGAAACCAGAAGAGAAAACAUUAGAACUCUUGAAAGUUACAUCAGAAGCAUUGCUCAAGGUUCUGCCUUGACCAGCAAGGUUCCAACUCCAGGUGCUGUUGUUGCUGUUUCUUCUGAUGAAGAAUACGAGCUUUGCGAUGAAGGCUAUGACUCAGCCUCCGAUGAAGUUGCCUCUUUGUCCAGCUUCUCUUCCAUCAAGAAGCCAGUUUCUGAAAGUAUCAAGUCUGACAGAAACCCAUUCUUGUUCAUGCAAAAGAAGACCAGUACUGGUGAAUGGGUCUACGAUACCCAGUUGACUUCCACUUAUUUGAAUACCUUAGAAUCUAUGGCUGUCAAUGGUGCUAGUUUCAAGAAGACUGUUUUGUUGACUGGUGCUGGUAGAGGUUCUAUUGGUGCCGAAAUCUUGAAGGGUCUUUUGUCUGGUGGUGCCACCGUUGUUGUUACUACUUCCCGUUUCUCUUUGAAGGUUACCCAAUUCUUCCAAGACGUCUACAAGACUUAUGGUGGUAGAGGUUCCAAGUUGAUCUUGGUUCCAUUCAACCAAGGUAGUAAGGCUGAUUGUCAAAGUUUGAUCAACUUCAUUUAUAAUGAACAACAACUCGAUUUGGACGCCAUUAUUCCAUUCGGUGCCAUUCCAGAACAAGGUAUUACUGCUGCUUCUAUUGACUCCAAGUCCGAAUUGGCUCAUCGUAUCAUGUUGACCAACAUCAUGCGUAUUUUGGGUUUCGUCAAGAACGCCAAGGAAUCAAGAGGUAUCAACACCAGACCAGCCCAACUUUUGUUGCCAAUGUCUCCUAACCACGGUUUGUUUGGUAAUGAUGGUUUGUACUCUGAAUCUAAGAUUGGUUUGGAAACUCUUUUGAACAAAUGGGACUCCGAAGACUGGAAGAAUUACGUUACCGUUACUGGUGCCAUUAUUGGUUGGACUAGAGGUACUGGUCUUAUGGCUGUGUCUAAUAUUGUUGCCGAAAAGAUUGAAUCCUACGGUUGUAGAACUUUCUCUCAACAAGAAAUGGCUUUCAACUUAUUGGGUUUGUUGACCGAUGAAAUCUCUGAAAAGUGUGAAGAAUUCACUCUUAAGGCUGAUCUUAAUGGUGGUUUCGAAAAGCUUUCUAACCUCAAGGAAAUCAACAUUGCCGCUAGAGAGAAAUUGAUGGAAGAAUCUGCUGUCAAGAGACAAAUUGCUAUUGAGUCUUCCUUGGACCACAAGUCUGUGUACGGUGCUGACGGUGACUUCAAGAGAAAGUCUGUUAAGCCAAGAGCCAAUGACAAAUUUGCCUUCCCAGCUCUUAAGUCUUACAAAGAAGUCAAGGAUAUGUCUCCACACUUGAAGGGUUUGCUUUCUUUGGAAAACGUUAUUGUUGUUACCGGGUUUGGUGAAGUUAACCCACACGGUAGUGCUGAAACCAGAUGGGAAAUGGAAAGUGCUGGUGAAUUCUCUCUCGAAGGUUGUAUUUACUUGGCUAACAUUAUGGGUCUUAUUAAGUUUGACCAAAAGACUUCUGGUUGGAUCGAUACUAAGUCCAACAAGCCUGUGGAAGAAGCUACCAUCAAGAAGACUUAUGAGGAAACUAUUUUGGAACACACUGGUAUCCGUUUGAUUGAACCAGAAAUGUUCGAUGGUUACGAUCCAAACAACAAGCAAUUCAUUCAAGAAGUUGUUUUGCAACACGAUCUUGAAGCAUUUGAAUCUUCUGAAGAAGAUGCUUUACACUUCCAACAAGAACACAAGGAAUUCUGUGAAAUUUUCCCAUUGGGUGACAGUGGUGAAUACCAAGUUUACAUGAAGAAGGGUGCUAAAUUGUUUGUUCCAAAGGCUUUGCGUUUCGACAGAUUGGUUGCCGGUCAAAUUCCAAGCGGUUGGGAUGCCAAGAAAUUCGGUAUUUCUCAAGAUAUCAUUGAUCAAGUUGAUGUUGUCACUUUGUUCAACUUGGUUUCCACCAUUUCUGCCUUUAUCAAGUCUGGUAUCAGAGAUCCAUAUGAAUUGUACCAAUACAUCCACGUCUCUGAAAUUGGUAUCUGUACCGGUUCUGGUAUGGGUGGUGUCACUGCUCUUAAGGGUAUGUUCAAGCACAGAUUCAUGGAAAAGGAAGUUCAAAACGAUAUUUUGCAAGAAUCUUUCAUCAACACCAUGUCCGCUUGGGUUAAUAUGUUGAUCUUGUCCUCUUCUGGUCCAAUCAAGACCCCUGUUGGUGCUUGUGCUACUGCCGUUGAAUCCGUUGAUACUGGUGUGGAAACUAUUCUUAGUGGUAAGGCCAAGAUUUGUCUUGUUGGUGGUUACGAUGAUUUCCAAGAAGAAGGUUCUUAUGAAUUCGCUAACAUGAAUGCUACUUCUAACAGUAUUGACGAAAUGGCUGCUGGUAGAACUCCAUCUGAAAUGUCUCGUCCAUGUACUUCCACCAGAAACGGUUUCAUGGAAUCCCAAGGUGCCGGUGUCCAAAUUAUUAUGACCGCUGACUUGGCCAUUAAGAUGGGUUUGCCAAUCUAUGGUAUCAUUGCUAUGACUGCUACUGCUGCUGAUAAGAUUGGUAAGUCUGUUCCAGCCCCAGGUCAAGGUGUGUUGACCGUUGGUAAGGAAAGUCACGCUGGUAACAGCUCUAAGUUGAUCUUGGACCCAGCUUACAGAAAGAGACAACUUGACAGAAGAAUCAGAUUCAUUAAUGAAUCUUUGGAAGACGAAAUUAUGGAAAUCCUGACUGGUGAUGAUGAAGACAAGGAACUUUUGAUUGAAGAAGCUAAACAAUUGUCUCAAACUCAAGUUGAAGAAGCCAAGAAAUUCUUUGGUAAUGAAUUCUUCAAGAAGGACCCAAGAAUUUCCGAUCUUAGAGGUGCUUUGGCCACUUUUGGUCUUGGUAUUGACGAUAUUUCCCUUGCGUCUUUCCAUGGUACUUCCACCAAGGCUAACGAUAAGAAUGAAAGUGAUGUCAUCCACAACAUUUUGAAACAUCUUGGCCGUUCUGAAGGUAACCCAGUGUUUGGUAUCUUCCAAAAGUACCUUACUGGUCAUCCAAAGGGUGCUGCUGGUGCUUGGAUGCUUGAUGGUGUUCUUCAAGCCCUUAACUCCGGUAUCAUUCCAGGUAACCGUAACUUGGAUAACGUUGAUGGUGAAUUGCGUAAAUUCACUAACAUUCUUUACUUGUCUGAAACCAUCAAGACCGACAACCUUAAGGCCAGUUUUGUCACCUCUUUCGGUUUUGGUCAAAAGGGUGGUUUCGUUUUGGUGAUUCACCCAGACUACCUUUACUCUGCUCUUGAACAAAAGGAAUACGAAGAGUACGCUUCCAAGGUUAGUGAAAGAGAACAAGCUGCUUACUCUCACUACCACGAAUCCAUUGUCCAUGACUCCUUGUUCCAAGAAAAGGCCAACUCUCCAUACGACAAGACCAUUGAACAAAGCGUUUACUUGGAUCCAUUGGCCAGAGUUGUUCCAGGUAAAGAAGGUUUGGAAUUCACCAAGAAGGGUAUUCAACAAAACAAAUACUUGAGUGGUACUGAUGCCACCACCAAGACUUUGAUUAGUUUGACCGCUGGGGAAAAGAAUGUCGGUGUUGACGUUGAACAACUUGAUUCCAUUGACAUUGAAAACCAAACUUUCAUUGAACGUAAUUUCACCGAUGCCGAAAUUGCUUAUUGUAAACAAUCUCCACAUCCACAAUCUUCUUUUACUGGUACCUGGUCUGCCAAGGAAGCGGUUUUCAAGUCCUUGAGAACUAAGUCCCAAGGUGGUGGUGCUGCUUUGAAGGAAAUUGAAAUUGUUCGUGAAAACAACAUUCCAUCCGUGAAAUUGUCUGGUGAUGCCGCUGCCAAGGCUGCUGAAGCCAGUAUCACUGGUUUCAAGGUUAGUAUUAGUCAUGAUGAUGUUCAAGCCGUUGCUGUUGCUAUUGCUGAAUUUUAA